AUGACGGAUGAGGAGAAGGCAAAGGCGGUGCCGGUCAUCCACCAGGAGGGCAACCGCUUGUACCGUGAGGGUCACGUGAAGGAGGCCGCUGCCAAGUACUACGACGCCAUCGCCUGCCUCAAGAACCUGCAGAUGAAGGAACAGCCUGGGUCCCCUGACUGGAUCAAGCUGGAUCAGCAGAUCACACCGCUGCUGCUCAACUACUGUCAGUGCAAGCUGGUGGCCCAAGAGUACUAUGAAGUGCUGGACCACUGCUCCUUCAUCCUCAACAAGUAUGAUGACAACGUUAAGGCCUACUUCAAGUGGGGCAAGGUGCACGCCGCCUUGUGGAAUGCCCAGGAGGCCCAGGCUGACUUUGCCAAGGUGCUGGAGCUGGACCCCGCCCUGGCACCCAUUGUGAGCAAGGAGCUUCGGGCCCUGGAGGCACGGAUCCGGCAGAAGGACGAAGAGGACAAGGCCCGCUUCCGGGGUAUCUUCUCCCACUGACAGGGCCCUGCUCGCCCUGCCCAGCUCACUGUUGCCACUGCCAGCCCACCUGCCCCACGAUAUCAUGCUUCUCUGUACAUAAAAGCCUUAUUUAUCUCC